AAUUCGACAUAUCAGUGUGAAGACACUUAGCUUCAUUAAGGAGAAACCAUUGGCUACCAUAUAUCCCAUUUUUCUAAACAUCAACAAGCAAACAUGAAUCAAAACCCUGUAUUCAUAUCUCCCGCCAUUCUAAGUUCAACCAGGACUGCUAGUGAUGAGCAAGAAAGCGAAAGGAAAAUCGAAAAGGAUAAUAAUCAAGAGAAGACUGCAGAGGUGGUACUGAACGAAGAAGAAGAAGAUCGUCUACGGCUAACAUGGCGUGUGUUUGCUAAAGAAGUGAAAGAGGUCUGUUGUGUUGCAGGUCCUAUGGUGGCUGUGAAUUAUUCAACCUUCUUUCUGCAAACUGUCGCUUUGAUGAUGGUGGGUCACUUGGGGAAACUUGCUCAAUCCAGCACUGGCCUUGCCAUCUCUCUCUGUGCUGUCACUGGUUUCAGCGUCAUCUUUGGUUUGGCUUCUGCACUUGAAACACUAUGCGGUCAAGCCUAUGGAGCUAAGCAAUAUAAGAAGUUUGGUGUUCAAAUUCAAACCGGCAUCUUCUGCCUUUUGUUAUGUUGUAUUCCUCUGUCCAUGUUGUGGCUUAACUUGGGCAAGCUUUUGGUUUUGCUUGGUCAAGACCCUUUGAUUGCACAUGAAGCAGGAAAAUUUGCGGUUUGCUUGAUUCCUGCUCUCUUUGGUUAUGCAACACUUCAAGCCUUGGUUCGGUUCUACCUUAUGCAGAGCAUGAUCGCUCCUCUUGUGCUCUGUUCUACAAUUACCAUCAGCUUCCACGUAGCCUUUUGUUGGACACUAGUUUUUAAAUCCGGUAUGGGCCGUUUUGGAGGAGCGUUUGCCAUUGGUGUUUCAUAUUGGUUGAAUGUGGUCUUGCUGGCCUUUUAUAUGAAAUUCUCUGAAUCUUGUGCAAAGACUAGAGCUUCAAUUUCCAUGGAGCUUUUCCAUGGCAUUAGAGAUUUCUUUCGCUUCGCUAUUCCUUCAACUAUAAUGGCUUGCCUCCAAUGGUGGUCUUAUGAGGUGACUACGUUGCUUGCCGGUCUUUUACGACCAAAUCCUCAGCUUGAAACUUCAAUCUUGGCAGUAUGUGUCUCAAUGAACAUUACAAUCUAUUCAAUACCAGAAUCAAUUGGCUCUGCAGCAAGCACAAGAGUUUCAAAUGCAUUAGGAGCUGGAAAUGCGAAAGCAGCAUACAUGUCUGCCUUAUGUGCAAGGAUCAUAGGAGCUUGUGAGGCUCUUAUAAUGAGCUCAACGGUUUUCGCGAGCCGGAAUGUUUUAGGUCAUGUUUUUAGCAAUGAACCUGAGGUUAUGCACUACGUUACAGACAUAGCUCCUAUAUUAGUUUUGUCUGUUUUUGCAGAUUCCUUACAAGGCGCCCUUACAGGGAUUGCUAGGGGAAGUGGGUGGCAACGCAUAGGAUCAUAUGUAAAUUUUGGAGCUUACUAUGGCGUUGGAAUUCCACUUGCUGCAAUAUUGGGUUUCGUGGUACACUUGAGAGGAAAAGGCCUUUGGCUUGGAAUAACUUCUGGCACAAUAUGCCAAGUGAUUGUAUUAAUGGUUAUAAUAAGUUGUACGGAUUGGAAAAAAGAGGCAAAACAAGCUAGGGAGAGGACAUUGAAGGGAUGUUCGCCACAAGAUGAAAACGCACUGAUUUGAGCAACCAGAGUGCAUUACUUUAUGUCCCUUUGUCAAUCAGCAUCUUCUUCUUUAAAUUGGAAAAUAUCUGGAUGUUGUAAUAAAGAUGGGGAAUCAAGCAUAGAAGCAACUAAAAUGUAUUAGACAUGCAUGUAAAGUUGCGCUUGUGUUCUGUGAUGAAAUAAACCAUUAGUUUUGUUCAUGCUUUUUAUAAAUUAUCAAUAAAGCAACUUCUUAAAGAUUC